UGAAGGACUCCGGAGAAAUCAUCGGGCGGCGGCGGCGGGAGGUGGAUUUUUAAAAAAACCCAAAAUAACUCAAAGUAAACUGGCGUGCGCGGUACAUUCGGCUGCCGACCAAUAGGAUGUGACGUGCGGGAGAGCGGCGUGGUGCGGCUGACGUCAGCGCGCAGCGUGCCGCGAGCUGUUUGUGAUUUCCGGAUGUACCGGAGCGCCGCAGGGAGGAGGGGCACGCGAGUGGUGGACGCGCGGAUCUUUCUUAUCAGCUGUGCGGCCACCCCGCCGGUUUAUUAAAGGCGGCUUCUUUAUUCAACGAGUGGGCAAAGCACAAUGACGCACUGGUUUCAUCGAAACCCGUUAAAAGCGACGGCCCCGGUUUCUUUCAAUCUCUACGGAGUUGCCACCAACAACGCCGCGGCCAAGAUCUGCAAUGACUUGAGAAGCACAAGGCUGAAACUUCUGGAGUUGUUUACAGAUGUGAAUUGUAACAUGGACAUGAUGAAAAAUGCAGUGGAUGCUUAUUUUUCUCUUUUACAAGGUUUUAUAUCAUCCCUGGAUGGUACAACACAAGAAAAUAAACUGCGUUUCAUCCAGAACUUCAAAUGGACUGACACUUUACAGGGAAAUAUUGCAAGUGCCCAGCAGGAUGCUAUCUUUGACCUGGUCUCCAUGGAGUUUAACGUAGCUUUGUGGCACACAAAAUAUGCUUCCAGACUAGCCGGAAAGGAGGAUAUAACCGUGGAUGAAGCAAAAGAUGUGCACAGAAGCUUGAGGAGCGCAGCUGGAAUCUUCAAACAUAUCAAGGAAGGCGAAGUAGGCAGACUUGUGACAGCGCCUGAGAAAGGAAAGGAUCUUGAAUCACGGGUUCUCGAUACCUACAUCAUUCAGUGUCAAGCUGAGGCUCAAGAAGUUACCAUCGCACGAGCCAUUGAAUUGAAGCACAACUCUGGUCUGAUCGCAGCUUUGGCCUAUGAAACAGCCAAUUUCUAUCAGAAGGCUGAUCACACUCUUACCACCUUGGAUCCAAUCUACACAGCAAAAUGGAGGAAGUACUUACAGCUCAAAAACUCCUUCUACCUGGCUUAUGCAUACUGUUACCAUGGCCAGACCCUGCUGGCCAGUGACAAGUGUGGGGAAGCCAUCCGAUCACUACAAGAAGCAGAGAAGCAUUAUUCCAAGGCAGAGGCUCUGUGCAAGGAAUAUGGUCAAACAAAGGGAGCAGGAUCUACAGCCAAGCCAUCUGAGCAUUUGUUCUUUAGGAAGUUGGGAACAUACAUCAAAAACACCCUGGAAAAGUGUCAGAGAGAGAAUGGCUUCAUCUACUUCCAGAAAGUUCCUCCAGAGGCUCCGCAGCUGGAACUGAAGGCGAGCUAUGGUUUGGUGGAGCCACAGUCAUUUGAGCUUCCAGUGCUCAGCACUCAGUGGACCCAGGAAGUAUAUGCUGCAUUCGACAUUACCAGAGCCCCCAAGGACGACAAGGCCAAGGAUAUAAAGGAAGAGGAAGUGAAGCCUGUGAAGGAGCCAGACAUGAAACCCCAGAGAGACACGGGCUGCUCGAUUUCUUAGAGACAGCCAGUGGAGAGUAACCUGUCUGUUAGACCAUGCUCUACAUUUUCUAUGUAAAGUGCAUGGCUUGUCUCCCAGAAGGACCUUGUUUAAAUGGCCAAGAACUGAAACAUAACAGCCUGAUUUUUUUUUCUUUCCCUCCCCCCCCAUUCCCCCCCCGCCCACAUACAAUUUAAAAUAAAGUUUAAACCAGAAUCAUCAAGUAAAGACCAAACUGUUUUUGCAGUUCUGACUCAAGCGCCUGCUGUUGUCCAGGGCGAAGAUCGUUACCGUUCUGAUCAAUUUUGGCCUGUUCUGGAAAAGUCUGGAUCACUAUAUCAUCCUGUGAGAACACAAAAAACUCACACCAAGGAGCUGACACAGAUCGAAUCCAAUCAGUUCGGACACUCACAUUCCUGUUGCCUGUUGUGUUGGACUUCAUUAAUAUUCGCCUUAACCAGCUAACUGGAUGGUCCACAGCAGGAUUUGAUAAACAUUCUUAUUUGUUUAAUUCCAAAAUCUAAAUUUGUAUCUCACAUUCAAAACUUAGUUCUCAAGAAUUUGCGGUUGGGAGGGGUUAAUUUAUUCUCUUCACCCCCAUAUAUCCCAGCCCCCGUGCUUGCUUUUUCUCCAUUGCCAAUUUCUAUCCAUGAAUUUAUCCUCUACAGCAUGUAUUAACUAUGGCCAGGGGUGGGGAAAAGAGUGACAGUCACCAAAUGUAGGGGAGGAGGCCCAUGAACCAUUCUGAAUCAUCGAUCAGGCCAAUGCAUAUGACUCUAUUCCCUCCCCUCAAAUUUGUUCCCAUUGUCUAUGAUAGGCUCAGUCCAAGCUACUUUUUAUAUCCUAUUCACAUGGCAUUUGAACCCUGCCUUCUCAAAUACGGUCUACCAGUGUGUGAAGAGAAUAAGGACAGACAUUCAGCUCCUCCAUUUCCUUGCUUUUCUCUCACUCCUAAAUUGCCACAUCUAUUUUCACUGAAAUGAUUCAGGGUUUUUUCUUCUAGUACCUUUCUAAUCGAGAGCAUGUAUUAAACAUUCGUUUCAGUAUCAGUCACUCUCCCACUGUCUUUUAAAGGAAGAACUAAGAAAAUGUAAAUAGAUAUAUGAAUAUAUAUUACACAUUCACUUAUAAAUAUAUGUAAGCAUUAUACAUUUAAAUUUUAGAAUAUUUUAGGAAGAGAGUUAAUUAGCAGGUUUUGUUUUUAGUGGAUUGCAAGGCUCAGACCAGGACCUUGUUUCUUCAUACAGUGAUUGGGGAGGGGGGUUAUCGACACCUGUCGCUGGGUCCAAUAGCCUAGAACUGAUGUGCAAUCUGCAUCCUGAGAUUUCAGCCACCUCUGAGGUAGAGAUGAGAGAAAAAAAUUAUCAGCCAAGGUUCAUGUUGCUCGUUGCUCACCACUGCACAUAUGUGGGAUCAUUAAACUUCUCUGCAAUGUUCAUGACAGUUGAAUUCCCUGAAGACACCUAAUCUUAGCUCACAGAUAAUGAUUGUGGGUUGGUGGGUAGCCUGGAAUUAAAUUGUGCCUUCGUACUUGUCUCAGAUGUGGGGUGGGGGAUCGAUGGUGGUGGUGGUGUUUAGGCUGUAGUUGAUAGGAAUGGUAGGACUCUCUAGCUGUGGCUGAUUCCAGGCUGGAGUCUUGGGCAGUGGGUGUCCCAGGGUUGGUAGUCCAAGAGAGGGACAUGUUCAGUCUUUGGGUGGUCUGGGAACAUGUUUCUCAGGCUGUGGGUGGUCCCGGAAAGGGAUGUUCUUAGGUUGUGGUUGGUCUUGUCUUCAGCUGUGGACCCCAGCUUCUGGUCCCAGAUUUGAAGUCCUUUUCUGUUUUGUCUUUUGAAUAGUGGGCCAGCUCACGAGCAGAUUCUCGUGAUGGUCAGAAUGAAGUAUUGCGCCUGUAUGGCACUAACAGCAUUUAUCUCCAUUUCUGAAUGCUUACACUAUUAGGGCAAACAACAAAUUGCACAUUGUUAAAAAUUUUAACUCAAAUUAAAGUCUGUAAAUAAUCAAUGGGAUUAGUUCUGAAUGAAGGGAGGGAAAAGGACAGAUUAUAUAGAAUUGGUUAUCAAUGACCCUGCAUUAUUCCUAUUCCCUCUACCUGGUGUUAAAAUGCUGGUUUAUCAUGUAAUCCUGUGUAGAUUAAAAGGUAAAAGAUAAUGUAAUCAAUUUAUGUUGCUUAGAAAAAAUAAACAUAUUUAUAACCAUUUAAA